AUAUUCUGGAAAUUUAAAUGGACAAUUCAAAGAAGGAGCAUUCAUACACCUAUUGGGUUAAAAAUGAUCCAAAUCACCCAAAAAUUGAUUGUUAACCAAAAAAGGUAGAGGAUCCUUCCUAAGUGCAAUAACCUUAAACAAUUGGAUCACAAUGGAAUGUCUCAGGAACUUGGGAGGAAAAGAAAGUACCCGUUAAUGAGAUUAAGAAAUCCUUGGAGAAUAUUGUUGGAGUAUUCCAACUAUUUAAUAUUUUAGAUGAAAAUCGGAUAAACUAAGAUUUCAGCCGUAGAAUCAGUUGAAGGGGAAGCUCACUUAUUUUUAAGCAGAGGAAAGAAGAGAAUGGGUUAUCAUUUGAAAAUCACAUAUGCUCUUGAAGACGAUGGCCAAAUCAAAUAUACAGACUUUACAGAUGAUGGAGAUAGAGAUGUAAUAAAACAAUUUAAAUAUCAAGUAUGUAUUAGAAGAUGUCAACGAUGAAACAGUCAAACAUUAAAUUGAAGAAUUGCAUGAUCGAACAAAACAAUAUGUAGAAGUGUUUAAAAAUUGAUAUUGGCC